AUGGUUGGUAUCUGGGGUCCUUCUGGAAUUGGUAAGACGACCAUCGCCAGAGCUUUAUAUGGAGAGCUCUCUAGUAAGUUUACACAUGCUGCUUUUAUUGAGAGUACCCAAGGGAAGUUUGAGCAAAACUAUCGAGACGAGCACGCGUUCAAGUUGCAUUUACAAGAACAACUUUUGUCUAAGACCUUAAAUCAGAAAGAUGUAAAAAUAGGUCAUCUGGGUGUGGCAAAAGCAAGGCUGAAGGACAAGAAAGUGCUUGUCGUUCUUGAUGAUGUGGAUGACUUAAAGCAGCUAGAAGCCAUGACUGACCAAACUUGCUGGUUUGGGCCUCAAAGUAGGAUUAUCAUCACGACAAAGGAUAAAAAGCUGUUGGUAGCACAUGCGAUCAACCAUAUUUACCAUGUGGAUUUUCCAUCUACAUCUGAAGCUCUUGAAAUUCUCUGUCUGUCUGCUUUUCGUCAAAAUUCGCCGUCAUUUGGGUUUAAGGACAUGGCCAUUGAAGUUACCCGGCUUGCCGGUAACCUUCCUUUGGGUCUACGUGUUUUUGGCGCAUAUCUGCGAGGAAUGUCCAGAGAUCAGUGGAUAUAUGCAUUGCCUCGUCUUAGGACUAGUCUUGAUGGGGAGAUUGGGAAAGUAUUAAGGUUCAGCUAUGAUGCUUUAUCCGAGGAAGAUCAAGAAUUGUUUCUUCAUAUAGCAUGUUUUUUCAAUGGUUGGUGGAUUGAUGACGUUGUGGACUGUCUUUCGGAGAGUCGUUUGAACGUCAACCACGGGCUCCAAGUGUUGUUCGAUAGAUUCUGUUUCUGA